GCGCCGUCACCCGACGCGGACGCGCGUCCCGCUGCCGCACCAGUGCCGAUAUGAGUGACCAGUGAAGUGCAGUGUUCAGUGAAAAGUGACCAGUGACCUACGUUUACAAGCGAGGAGGCAAAUUCGGGAAUAUGAAGCAUUAAGGACGCCUGACAAUAGAGAAAAUUACAGUUCUUAACGCCGAGGACAAGCACGCAAUAUUUCAUUACCACACAAUCGAUGGCUGAGUGAGACGCGCCGCAGAAGAUGUGACCAAAAUGGCCGCUUGACUUUUAAACAAAAUGGCCGAUUUAAACAAAUUUUGGGAUCGCAGAAAGUUGAAGAGCGCGCGAUGACGUCACGAAGAUCCUUCGACUGUAUAAAGUAACUUUUUUAAUUUAGGGCUGAUAGACUUAGGGCUUGUUUGAGUGUGCUCUCCGUCGCGAGUGUAUAUUUUUAUUAUUUUUUGCGCGUCUAUUUUUUUUUUACGGGAUUUUUGUGUUCGUUUCGGUGUUAAAGCAAUAUUAGAUAAGGUAACGCUUGUUUAUUCGUUUUGUAAAUAAAAAUUUAGCGUUCACAUGUGUUAGUGCUAGAAACGAUUGUAAAAUCACGCGUAGUUCGGAAAAAAACGGGUAUAAAAUAACGCUGUAAAUAUAAAUAAAACGGUUAGUUAAAAUAAUAUUCCGUUCCUAUAGGCAAUAAAUUAAUUUUCACCUCUGAAUUUCAACGGGGCCAAAACAAUCAAUUCUAAUCGGGUAGAUAGUUCAAAUUCAAAAAGCUGGCGUCGCCAAGGAGAAAGAAAUCCAAGAUGGCGGCGGUUAAUGUGACGGCUCUCGUUGCGAAAACCACUGUCCCGACGGACCUGAACGGAACUUUCUUCAACUCGACCUAUUUGGUCGCGACGGGGAUCAGUCAAGAAGACUUCCUGGCGUUACAGAUGUCAAACGCGACAGAGAACGCGACGUCAAACGAGUCCCUCGGCCAUGUGGUGCUGCAGAACUGGUAUCCAAGUGGCUACAGUCCGUUUCACAUAAUUUUAGCAUCAGUGGUUGUGACAGUGUUGAUGAUAAUGGUGGUGGUAGGGAAUAUGCUAGUUAUUAUAGCGAUAGUGACAGAGAAAGCGUUGAAGAACAUACAGAAUUGGUUUAUCGCGUCAUUGGCCGUGUCGGACUUUUUUCUGGGACUGAUAAUAAUGCCGUUUUCGUUGGCGAACGAGCUGAUGGGGUACUGGAUCUUCGGGUUCUGGUGGUGCGAGAUCCACUCGGCCAUGGAUGUGUUGUUGUGCACGGCGUCCAUCAUGAAUUUGUGCCUCAUCUCGCUGGAUCGCUACUGGAGUAUCACACAGGCGGUCGACUACCUAAAGAAGCGGACGCCAGCACGCGCUGCCCUCAUGAUAGCUGCCGUCUGGCUAAUGUCAGCUUUAGUCUGCAUCCCCCCACUCCUGGGCUGGAGGGUCACCAGACCGCCACAGCAGUUUCCACAGUGCAAGGUGUCAGAAGACAUGGGCUACGUGAUAUACUCGGCGCUCGGCAGCUUCUACAUACCCUCCUGCAUCAUGGUGUUCGUGUACAUACGGAUAUACUACGCCGCGAAGGCCAGAGCGAGACGGGGGAUCAGGAAAAACCCGAGGCCUAGACCUAACGAACAGCAGACGAGCUUCAGCAACCCGCCGAAGGGCACGCGGCCCAUGCCGGCCACGCCCUCCAUCCCCAUGCCGCAGGGCUUGGAUAGUAAUUCUAAUAAUAGAGUAAGUCAAAUAUCUACGAUAGAGGCACAGCAGGUGCAGAUACCCACGGUCACGUGCGACCUCGCCAGCGACAUCUCGACGAGCGAGGCGGGCGACAUGCUGCCGCAGCAAGAAGAGAGAAAAGACACACUGAAGGUGGUAACAUCAGCGCAAGUGACCCGCAACCCGCUCGCAGCGUGCCAGCUCCGUAGCUCCACUCUCAGCGUGAACGGUGAGCCGCGCGAGCGCUGCCGAGCGCCCAGCGUCGCCAUCGACACCGACAUGGUCUCUGAAUUCGACCCUUCUUCUUCAGAUUCCGGCGUCGUCUCCCGCUGCGCCGGCGUCAAACCCCUCAAGUUCAGAAUCUGCCAGCCUAUCUUCGGCAAGAAAGCCGAGAGCUCGAGGAGACAGGAGAAGAAACAAGCGAAGAGCGAGUGCGAACCGGCGCUCCCCAAGCAGCAUAAACCUAGAGAUCCCGAAAGGGAAAAACGGAGGUUAGCUAGGAAAAAAGAAAAACGAGCGACCUUAAUUCUAGGUUUAAUCAUGGGAAGCUUCAUAGCAUGCUGGCUUCCAUUCUUCUUCUUAUACAUCUUAAAAGCGGCCUGCAGGGCAUGCGAAAUUCCAGGAAUCUGUUUCUCUGUAGCCUUCUGGCUGGGAUACAUGAAUUCUGUAUUAAAUCCUGUGAUUUACACCAUUUUUAAUAAGGAUUUCAGAAGGGCGUUUAGGAGGAUACUGUUUAAGUGAUGUUUGGCCUACCUGUGCUGCUACCGAUGCGUGGCUAAUCGCAUCAUGAUGGCGCAACAGCGGGCAGCACCGGGACUUUACAAUGUACGUUAACGCCAUAACCCAAGGACAGUCUCAUGUGAUAACUGAUAACAGUGAAAUAUAGAAAAAUGCUAAAGUACCCUUCGUUUAUGAGAGAACCCACACUAGCGUCUCUUGAUCGUCGGCGUCUAGCCUCCCAAGGGCCAGCCAUACAAAUGAAAAAUCCUAAAUUUGAACCUAUAAUGCAGGGAAUAGAGUUGAUUUUGUAUUGUUUGAAAAUUGAACGAAAUAACACAAUUGCAACUCUAUCCCUAUUUUAAUAUGGUUUAAAUUUCAUCGAAAUGAUUAAGUAUUUUAGGUAGGACCUUGGGCCUUAGGAGGCUAGUCAGCGCUAUAGAAAAUGGCGUCGCUGCGCAGUUGAGCCACCGAUGCGCCGAGCAGCAGCCAUAGAGACUAAACGCUGACGCUCAGAAGACGCUAGCGGGGGGUCUCUCUAUGAAGUCGUGGGUUUUAUGUCAGAGCAAUAUUUGUGGUUUAGCGAUUUUUGGUUCGGAUUCGGAAAGCUUUGCAUUGACAGUAAAGUUUUGAAAACAGUACAUCAAUAGGCAAGUAGCUUAGACUACUAGACAUUUAAAUACCGAACAUACUUACAUUGAUUUAUUAUUUUGCAUGCUGAGAUAUAGAGAUAAGGAUGUACAAUUUUUAUCUAUAGGUAAUUAAUAUACUUACUACCAGCACAAUUACAAGCAAAGGCAAUAAUCAACAAGCUUGCCACGUUAUGUAACCCUAAAACCAUCACGUUUUAUAUUUUUAAACAUAUUGAACGAACCAAAAAUCACUACAUCAUAAUAUGAAGUAUUAAACAGAAAAUUGUAUACAAAUUAACAUUAUCAUUAUAUAUCUUAGGUCAGCUUAUUCUUAGGCUUCUAUAUGCAGUUACUUCAUGUAAAAUAUUUACACUAAUUAUGACUAUUGGAAUUAUGUCAAACAUGAAGUGACUACAAUAUUGUUUUGCUGUAAUUAUAAAAAUUGUAAAAAUACAUUUUGGUAGUGAUUUUUAAAAUGUAGCAAAAACUAUAGGGUUUUAUUUUGGAAGUUUGUUCUAAUCGUGUUUAUAACUUCUACACAUAUAUUAUGACAAAUAAAAUUUAUCUUCUGUUUAAAUCAUCACAUUGUUCCUAAAAAAAUAUAGUAUUCAUAAAAUGUUUACUAGUGAUCUCCAAUUUUCUAACCUGCUUAAUAAUUAUUGGCAAUUGAAUAUAAUAAGAUUUACUGACAUGCAUUUGUCAGGUUAAAUUACAAUAUAAAGUUGAUACUACGUUUUUAAAUAUCAGUGGUCAAGUGAAUUGUACUCCUAAAAAUUAUACUCUUGAAUAUUAAAAUAGACGCUAACACAGAUUUAGCUUAAAAGUAAAAGUAUAUGUUAGGUACAAAAAACGUCUACCUUACCAUAAUAUUAAUAUAGAGACUGGUUGCAAUGAGGUAUACCUACAGACUGAUCUAAUAUUAUUUUGAUAUAGCAUUAGUGAAAACCGAUUUAGAACAUUCUUCCUAAAUAACAUCAAUAGAGUUUGUAUAGACAAACUAUAAUACUGCAAACACUAACGGAUUUGAUUAUACUUGUAACCUAAAUAUUCCUUACAUACUGUAAAAUAUAAUAAAGGAAUUAAAUAGCUUUAAAAUUCAUAAAGAAUAUAUUUUAAAAUUGAAAUUUUAGCUUGCAUUAACAAAGUUAAAUAUUUCACACUCAGCAAGGGGAUGACCUUUAUAUAUUUAUUUGUUUUUAAGCAUUUAUAUUUCAGCAGCAUGUGUUUUAAAAACUAAUGUAGUAUUUAUAAUGCACGGUAUGGUAAAAAUUGUGGCGCAACACACACACACACACACAUUCACAUUUAUUUGCUGGAGUUUUAAUGAAUACAAUAGUACGAAAUUAGGUUUUCAUAUUUUACAUGUGUCACUAUGUUUACUUUUUUGUAUGAUGGAUAGAUGGAUACGGAUGGAUAUGAUGGAUAGAUAUGGAUGGAUAUAGAUGGAUUUAUUUAUGUAGGUAUCAGCAAGUAAAUAUCAGUAAACAUUACAAUUUUAAUAGUUAUAACCGCUUAUACACAUCCCCUUGUAAUACAUAUGCGCUUAUAAUAUGUACAAAGUAGUAGUAUUUGUAUACUUAUUUGCUAAUAAAGUCCUAAGAUUCAUUACAUUUCUACAAGUUGCUACAAUUAGUUCAAAAAUAUACUAACUAUUCGUAAUUUUGUGGUUUACUAUAGACAGUUAAUUCAAUAAAAUUGUCGUAGCAUAAUUUUUUUUUAAAUUACUACAUUGAAGUAUUUGAAAUUAUUGUAGCAAUUUAUUCAUACAUAAAGCAUACACUUUAAUAUUAACUCUCACAUGGGAUUGAUUCCAACAUAACACAGAACUCAGAAUAUCCUAAAGACUACCUGACACACUUCUUAGUAAAAAAAAUCCAGUUUCAUAUUACCUACUUAAUUAUUUUGAUUUGUGUUUUAUUGAGAACAGUUUUUAAUAAGACAAAAUGGUUUAUCUUUAAUUUGGAAGGAAUUUUACAUAUACAAUGAAUUGAUUUUAAUUUUAUGAAAAUACAAAUAUCAAUUUUAUAAAUGCAUUGUUCUUCCAUUACUCAUGAUAUAUUAUCCAAAUAAAGAAUAACAUUGUAAAGACGUGGUGUUAAAUACAAAAUUGAAUGUUUUGUGAGCGUGAUUUUAUUAAAAAUCGUACUUAUUUUAAGUAAUAUUUAUUGAUUAACAUUUUAUCGUUUAAGAUAUAAUUUAUUUUUAACAAUUAACAAUAAUUUUAAGUUUUAGUAAUAAUUUAGAGAUUACAUUUAUUUUUAUUUCAAUAUUUAAGACGUAAAAGUCGCUGGUCCAAUAUUACAGGUAGUUAAAUUUUCAAUAUAGUUGAAAUUCGACAUGACGUCACUAUGACAAUGUUCAAAUUUCAAUUCGAUAAAAGUGAAACAUAGAACCCUGUAAUAUUGGGCCAGUGUGCGAAGUGAUUGUUUAAUUAACCGAUUUACUUACUGAAAAAGGAAUAAUAAUUUGUGAAAAUAGCUUUUAAUUUUUGAUUAAUAAUGCUCACAGUAUAUUCAAUCACAGUAGAAUUAAUUCUAUUAUAAUCUAAAAAUGACUGUGCCUCUGUGCCUAUCGAUCAAGCACUAACACAACAAUAAAUGCACUUUAUAUAGUUAAAAAAACAUGUAUUGGUAUUAUUAUUAUAUGUUCUUAAACUGAUUUUAAGUUAUAGUUAGGAUAUUUGCUGUAAACUUUUUUUUCGGUAGCGCUGGUCGCGAAUAAUUAUAUUUUUUUUUGUUUAUAUUAAUUUAUGUGUAAAUAGUACUUAAUUUAAUAUUAAAUGUAAAUUAGUAUUAAUUAAUUAACCAAAAAAGAACACCAAAAUACUUCCUGUAAAUUUUUCUAAUCUUAUGAAAAUACAUUCAGUAUAUGUAUAGUAAUGUAAAAUUGUUUUAUGAAUUGCCAUAUAAGAUUAAUCGUAAAUAGUUUUUUUAACGCUUCCCUUUGUAAAUUAUAGCUAUGAUCUAUAAUAAAAUCAUUAUUAAAGAAACUAAACUUAUGACUAGCGUUAUAGUUUCUUUUAAAACCGUACGUAUAUAAAUUACUAAUAAAAUAUCAACUAUACCUGCGACUGAUCAUAGUUUACACAUCUUGUAUUCAUCCUGCAUAUAUUUACUAUUGUACAUUAUUCAACCUUGUAAAUUGUAUAACUAAAACAAUUACCAAUAUAUAAUUAUAAAUUAUAAAAGAACAACAACGAGAAUUUAAUUCUAAAUUGAUGUAAACUUUCUUCGGUAACGUAAGUACUUAUACAGUUUUAACGUAAUUGUGUAAAUAAUUACUUAAUUAUAUAAUAAUUCAAAAUAAUAACACUGCAACACCAUUGCCGUAUAGCUGUAAUUAGAUUUUUAGAAUAAUUAAACAUUGUAACUCGUAUUGUACUGAAAUCAUGAGCAAUAGACAUUGAUCAUAAAUUUCUUUUUAAAAUAUCUCUUUUAUAAAAUUUCAUAUAGUCUUCCAAUGUGUGUGUGAUUCUACAUAAAUCAAAAUAUAUUAGCGGAAAUCAAAAGUUCUUUUCCAAUGUAAAUUGACACCAGAAUUUUAUGUAGGACAUAAUUUUUGCACGGAUAGAAAUUUAUUUAUGACUAUAUUGAUUCUGCCAUUACAAUUUUAAAUAUAUUAUAAUGUAAGGUAUAUUUAUUUAUAUGUUAUGCGGAAUAACAAUUAAAACAUUGUUUUAUAUUAUAGACGGAUCCCAUCAAUUAAGCACCGAGCCCUUGCUAGUUGUUGGGAUCCUAUCUAAAAAAAACCUACAGUCAAAAAGAUGAUUGUGUGUUUUUUUGCAAUAAAUGUUCUUGCCACACUUUGCCACCGCAAAUGUCGUUCGAAUAUUAGACACCAGUAUUAAAUGCAAUAAUUUUAAUUAUACAAAGUACAGUUAUUUUUUAAGAAACAAAAUGUAAUAAAAUUUUACAAUAUCAAAGUUACUUUUGUACAGAUAUUAUACUAAUUUGUUUAUCCUUACUAGAGUUCCCUUAACGACUCAAGUCGAUAUUAUAUAUGUAUUUAAAAACUAGCAAAUUGUUCAUGAAAAAUUGUUCUAAAUUUAAUAUACUAUUUAAACUACGUAUAGAUAAUUAUAUACAGUAACCUAUCUAGAAUUUGUUAUGAACUAUUUUAAUUUAUCAUGACGCGUUCCGUUCGUACUGUUCUUUAUGAUGUACUGUGGUAAUCUACGCUAAGGUUAUACGAUACUACUAAUUCUUAUCGAGUCAAGUGUAAAUGAAAAAAUAUACGAAGUACCAAAUAUACAAAUUUUAAUCUUUAA